CAUAUGCAGGCUCAUCUUCCACGUCUACCAGCAGCAAUGGGACCAUUCGGACAGAGAGGACUACCUCAACUGCAACGAGCACAAAUACAUCACACACAAAUGCUAAAUCCACCCUGGCACCCACUACCACUGACACACACACACAGCAUCCCCGACCACAGGACGACCCUCUUCUACUAGAUUUACUACAUACACAGGCAAGGUGACUGUGACACCCUCUCAUGCCACAUCCACCUGGAAAACCACACUUACUCAUACUGGGGAUUUUUGGACACAGUCUCUCACCAUGGAGAUUACUUCUCCUCUUGCAACUGCAUCAUCAAUCACUCCCAUGAAUAUGGUCAAUUCUCUGACAUUUAUCACCUCUACUCCAGUCACCACCAAUACUGUGACAUCAGCCAUGAGUAUGAGUCUAUCUUCUCCACCUGCCCCAACCGCAGUCAGUCUCCUCUUUGACAACAAACACUACCCUUUUAUCCACCUUGAUUACUACCUUCCCUAGUACCCAUGCUGCAUUCACCCCUACAGUCACCAUGGCCACAACUGAAACCACCACUCCCACAAACACUUCUAUCUCUGCUACUUCGAGCACAGCCACUUCACCCACUUUCUCUGCCCCAGAAACAGCCAUGACUGUUACUAGAAUGUUGGUAACACCCACCCCCACAAUAUCACACAGUACAUCUUGUGUUUCUCCUACACUUUCUUUCCCUACUCUGACUACAUCUACAAACGCGCUAAAUACUUCUUUCGGUACUAUUAUUCCCUUUUCAAUAUCCACAACAAUAAUGUCCUCUUCCUUAUCCUCCGCCAGUGUAAAUUCAAUGCUCACGACCACCCCUAACUCUCUUCCUACAUUCUCACCUCUCUCUGGUAUGGAAAAUACAGGGACUUCUGUCACUGCUUUCACUACUCUUUUUUCAUCCGAAACUACAAGAACUUCUCCAACCAUGUCUUCUCUAACAACCUUUGCGACUGAAACAACCACCACUUGUUUUAUUUCUUCUACUACCCCAUGUCCAGAAUCUAUAUCAGUUACGAUAGUGCCUGCCUCUCUCACUACUUCAUGUAUGGAAAUGCGUCCAAGUAGUGAAGUUACUUCGAUGCCUCACAUCCCAAUGUCAGUGUUCGCCUCUACUACUGAGAUGGCUACCUCCCCUAGUUCCACCAGUAUGACAACUGUGUUUCCUAGGCAUACGGACACUUCUGCUUCCGUUCUGGAAACUCAUCCUACCAACAGCAUAAUGGAUGUUCCUAGUUCUAUCAGCACUGAGACUGUCCCCAGUUACACGGUUUUGAUAAGCACUCAAAGACCCACCAGUGGAAGAUGGAUGAGCACCAAUUCUGUAACCGUCCCACAUAUGCCUGGCUUCAUGAGCCUCCCACUGACCAUGAAACCAAGCAGCAGGUUUCCAACUGCCAUGGUGACUUCAAUCAAGUUGACUCACUCCACCCCACCCACCAUCAAGAUUCCAGAAACACCGGAGAUCAGGUGCCAGAAUGGAGAUAAAUGGGAUGGCCUCAAGUGCCACUUGCCUAGCAUCUUCCAUGGCUACCGUUGGAGUUUGUGGUGGAAGAGGUGGAUCUGGUCUUCAGGGAACAUGGAGAGGAGUGAUGGGAUGAACCUCUGGAUUGUGGUGGUGGCAAUGGUGGUGAAGUGA